AUGCUGGCAUUUACCUCUGGGGUCAGUCUGUUUACCUUCCAAAGCUCUGACAGCUCUACCUGGCUAGCAAUUCUUGCACUGUUCUUUGUCGUAGGGGGCUACAACGCAACGGUAACGACUACUCAGGUUGCGUGCAUCACGGCCGUGGACCGCUCCCAGCAAGCAGUCAUGACAUCUGCGAUCUCUAAGCAUCUGCUUAGACGAUGGAAUCUGAUGAUAAUAACGCCCUCAGGCAUGGCUAAAAGCAUCGGCAGCACCCUGAUGUUAGCUAUCGUGUCUGCUGCGUAUCAGAACACAUUGAGAUAG